AGGGCCCGCUCCGCCGCCGCAGGUGCGGAUGGGCUGGGCCAGAAGACGCCGAGGCCCGGUCGUGUUGCGCAGCUCUUUAGAGGCUCCUCGCAGCUCCGUACAGCAGGCGCCGGACGGCGUCCCGGGAGUGGCGCGCCCGGGAGGGUUCCCCGCGCAGGGCCGCGCCUGCCCGCUCCCUUGGCGGCUCCUUGGAGGCUUCCGCCCUCCCGCCUCGGCGCUGCGCUACCGGCGCAGUCCCGGGCCGGGCCGGCGCCCGCUGUCGGGCGAGGCGCUUUAGGGCGGGGCGGCGGGACCGGGGCGCAUCCUCUCGGGCUGCCCGGGCCGGGCUGACAGCGCGGCCGCGCCAGCCCCGUGCCGCACUGCGCCCCGCCGGCCGCGCGGGGGCGCCCCUUCGCCGGGCCGGCCGUCCCGCGCCGCUCGUGCGUGUCCCGGAAGGCCCCGCGCAGGCCCCGCACCGCCACCGCCGGGCCAUGGCCGGGCUGUCCCGCACGCUCGGCAUCUUCGGCGCCUUCGUGGCCGUGGUGGGAGCCGCCUUUUACCCCAUUUAUUUCCGGCCGCUGCUGCUGCCGGAGGAGUACAAGAAAGAACAGUCAAUAAACCGAGCUGGUAUUGUUCAAGAGGAUAUUCAGCCUGCAGGAUUAAAAGUGUGGUCGAAUCCAUUUGGAAGAAAGUGAUUGGUGGCUGGGUGUAUUGCAAAACUGAAGAUGGACGCCUUCAGCUGCUGCUUCUUUCACUGAAGUGUGUAUUUGGGUGUCACUGGAAGAGAAUUCUGAUUAUGCUGUGUGGUCACACAAGGAGCAACAAAGGCUACUGGUUGGAAUCCCAAGAGAUAAAACCAGGCUAGUUUUGAGAGAGAAUGCUGAUGCAUAGCUCACAGACUGUUAGAAAGCUGAAUGAUUAUUGAGUAUAGAAAUGGAGAAUACUUAUUUCCUUGAGAAAAGGGAAAAGGAUUUGCUUCUAAUCUGUAGACACUUGUUGAGUAAAUUAUGGAUAGAAUAAAUCGUACAGAUUGCUGCAAUUUCCUCCCUAGUUUGAAAGUUACAAUAUGGUGAGUGUAAAUUUGGACAUUAAAAUUUUUAAACCAA